AUCUGAAUUGAUCAGACAUUUACCUCUGAAUAGUUAAGCAAUAUACUAGCUCUUAAUGGUUGAGACCUCUUACUAGUUCAGCACUUAAUGGUUCAGACCUCUUACUGGUUUAGCACUUACCUAUUCAGAAGUUGCCAAACAGCCCCUAAGAAUAUUUUCCCAACAUAUUUCUCUUCCUCUAUAUUUCUUUUCUCUCUCUUUAAGGUUACAAGCCUCUCCUUCUCAUUCCCAGUAGUCUCCACGCUCCUUAACACACUUCCAGUCCAUCAGGGAACAAAUGGUUGAUCAUCACUCAAAAUACAAAGGCUUGGACGAGAUCACCAUCUCCGAUAUCGAAACUCUUGGCCUAUCAUCCGAGCUUUCCGGCCAGCUGCACAAAAAGCUUGCCCGAAUCGUGAGUAUUUAUGGAGCCGACCCACCGCAGACAUGGCUGCGUAUCUCCCGGGACCUGCUUACCCCACACCAGCCUUUCUCUUUCCACCAGAUGAUGUACUAUGGCUGUUACAAAUACUUCGGACCCGACCCGCCUGCUUGGAUUCCCGACCUGGAAAGUGUUAAACUAACCAACAUUGGGAUGUUACUGGAGAGGCGUGGGAAAGAAUUUUUGGGAUCAAAUUAUAAAGACCCCAUAUCAAGUUUUUCUGAUUUUCAGGAAUUUUCUGUCUCACACCUUGAGAUGUUCUGGAAAACAGUAUUGGAGGAAAUGAAUGUUUCCUUCUCUGUUCCCCCACAAUGUAUUUUGCGGGAGACUCCAACCCAACCAGGUGGUCAUUGGCUUCCUGGAGCUUAUCUUAACCCUGCAAAAAACUGCCUGAUGUCAAAAGGAAAGAGGAGUUUGAAUGAUACGGUUAUUGUAUACCGAAAUGAAGGAGAGGAUGAAUCACCAGUUAAAAGAUUGACUCUUAAGGAAUUACAAUAUGCUGUUUGGACCGUAGCAUACGCUCUUGACACAUUAGGCCUGGAGAAAGGAUCUGCAAUUGCAAUAGAUAUGCCAAUGUGUAACAAUUCUGUUGUGAUCUACUUGGCUAUUGUACUUGCCGGUUAUGUAGUUGUGUCAAUUGCUGAUAGUUUUGCACCGAAAGAGAUCUCAAUAAGGCUCAAAAUAUCAAAUGCAAAAGUGAUUUUCACUCAGGAUUCUUUUUUCCGUGGUGGUAAAUGGCUCCCAUUAUACAGCAAAGUAAUUGAUGCCCAAUCGCCAACAGCAGUUGUAAUUCCCAGUAGAGGUUCCACUGUGGAGUUGCGUGAAGGUGACAUUUCUUGGCACGAGUUUUUAGAACGAGUGGAAAAGUUUAAAGAACUUGAGUAUGUUGGUGUAGAACAACCUGUUGAAGCCUUCACAAAUAUUCUCUUCUCUUCUGGAACAACAGGAGAUCCAAAGGCAAUUCCAUGGACUGUUGCUACACCUUUCAAGGCUGCUGCUGAUGGAUGGUCCAACUUGGAUUUUCACAAAGGUGAUACCAUAGCCUGGCCCACAAACCUCGGGUGGAUGAUGGGACCUCUGCUAAUUUAUGCUUCCCUGUUGAAUGGGGCAUCAAUGGCCCUGUAUAAUGGAUCUCCACUAGGUUCUAGCUUUUCCAAGUUUGUCCAGGAUGCUAAAGUAACUAUGCUUGGAGUUAUACCAAGUAUUGUAAGGGCAUGGAAAACUACAAACUGUACUGCCAGUUAUGAUUGGUCAUCCAUCCGUUGCUUUGCAUCAACAGGGGAGGCAUCUAACAUUGAUGAUUACCUAUGGCUUAUGGGGAGAGCCAAAUAUAAGCCUGUCAUAGAGAUUUGUGGUGGUACAGAAAUUGGUGGUGGAUUUAUUUCUGGCUCGCUCUUGCAGACUCAAUCUUUAUCUUCUUUCAGCACAGCUUGUCUCGGCUGUAGAUUAUUUAUUCUUGGAGAAGAUGGGCUUCCUCUGCCGUCAAAUGUUCCUGGGAUUGGUGAAUUGGCCCUUGGUCCAUGCAUGUUUGGGGCAUCAAGCUCACUAUUGAAUGCUGACCACUACGACGUCUACUUCAAAGGAAUGCCUGUUUGGAAUGGACAGGUUCUAAGAAGGCAUGGAGAUGUAUUUGAGCGUACUCGCAGAGGGUAUUAUCAUGCUCAUGGUCGUGUCGACGAUACUAUGAAUUUGGGUGGUAUCAAGGUGAGCUCAGUUGAGAUUGAGCAGGUGUGCAACGCCAUAGACGAUGCCAAAAUCCUCGAGACGGCUGCUAUUGCAGUGCCACCACUGGGAGGUGGGCCCGACAUCCUGGUGGUUGCAGUUGUGUUCAAAGAUCCGGGCGAUAGCUCAAACUAUGAUUAUGACUUAAUCUCCCUGAGAAAUGCUCUCAACUUGGCUCUGCAGAAGAACUUGAAUCCCUUGUUCAAGGUUUCGAAAGUCGUAGCUCUACCUUCCCUCCCAAGAACUGCCACUAACAAAGUUAUGAGAAGGCUUUUACGGCAGCAGUUUUCUCAGAAAUCUAAACUGUAAGCAAUAUCCACUUCAGUGGUGAUGGAACAUGUAAGUUGUGAUGAUGAGUUGAACUUUGCUGCCCAAAUAGUUUCUGCUCCAUCAUGUGAAAAUCCAAAUAAGGCAAACUCCCUUUACUGUGUGUACAUAGAUUAUGCUCACAUUGAAGCUCCUGUUCAUAUCAAAUGAAAUACAGUGAUGGAUUUAUCCACAACAGAGAAGUCAUUUUUUUCCAAGAUUAUCAAAAAAGAAUAUUUGACAAUAAUGCUAAAUGAUGUAU